AUGUCUCAGCCUCACACUGCUCCCGCUGCACUUUCCUCUGGAACCACUGCAGUAGCUGCACCUCAGACAGCACAGGCCAGGAGGGAACUUUUUAACAAUCCAUCAUCGCACACACCAGUAAGAAGAACAAAAAGUGAGGGUCAUGUUCGGGGGGCUGUAGCCUUGGCUGGCCAGGCUCAGUCAGCCAUCCCAGAGGUCUGCACGGACGCUACCAUGAAUGACCGCCAUUGGAGAAAGCUCGAACCAAGCAGCCACAGAGACAGCAUGUCCUCCUCCUCUAGCAUCUCUUCCAGUGACACAGUCAUUGACCUGUCCCUGCCUAACCUGGCCAGGAAAAGCCUCACCAGCCUGCCCACAGCCAUCAGCACUACCUGCAGCUCUUCCUGGGUCAACUGUCGUCAUUCAGCAUUGCUCUCCUACGAUACUUUGCGAGUCAGCAAGAGCAAGUCAAACCCCAAUCUUCAGCAAAGUCAGAGCCCCGAAGAUGAGCUUAAUCCCAGACCCCUGCAGCCCCCCCAGGAGGCUUCUAUGGACUCAUCCAUCAGACUGACUCAAAAGAGGCACACCUGGAGCAGGCUCUACAUGGAAGGGCUCAAGCAGUCAUCAGCCAGCAGGUCUUCCUCUGCAGCUACAACCCCAAUAGCUAUAACUUCCAUGUCCAAAAGCCUCGGAGAUCUGACAUCUGAUGACAUUUCCUGUAACUUUGACAGCAAGUACCGCAGCAUCAGCCGCAGCUUCAUUGUAAGGCCAACCAGGGACCAUCUCCGCAAAGGCAGUCCACAGAAGUCUCGGCCACCCAGCAACCUGACAGUGCAACUACGGAAGCUGACUGAUGUGGAGCCCCUGACUGCUAGCGACUUCGCCCCAGGAAACAGGCCUAGAGAGUCACAGGAGGAGCCUGUGGAUGAGAUGUUGGUGCGAAGGACCUCCUCCAGGAGCCAAAGCAGGGUGCGAUACAUUGCAAACAGGGCCAAGAAGGCUCAGGAACGGCAGAGGCUCCAGGGCCUGGUCCAAGGCAGAAGUGCAAGCUUUAGCCUUGCCUGUAGAAUUGGCAGUGGAAGUAGUGCUAGUCCCAUAGAGGAGCGGGGGAACCCCGAAGGGGCGUGCUGCGUGGCCCGCAGUCCCUGCACCAGUCUGGACCUGCUGAGUCAGCUCACCCCCUGUGGAUCCCCCUCUCCAAGACUGUCACAGUCCUCCCCAGACCCUGAAAACAGUGAAAUAUUUUUUAUGCUCAAACUCUAAGAACUGGCUUACUUGGAACUGUGCGUGAGAGACACGGCUAGAAACUUGUCAUGUGUUUUCUCAUUUUAAUAUCUUUUUCUCUUUUUUAUGUUGCAAAUCUUGCAGAAGGUCUCACAGAAAACUGGUUCCUAACAUGGAUCAUUUCAACAUCUGACAGAAAAAAAGUGAUCUCCUGAAUUAUCCCAUUAAUCCCUCAUUUGAGUUUGUGCAAGAUCCAUUUUAUAAGCUGUGCACUCAGAAAACCUUGUCUUGAAGAUAACAGAGGGUUCUUUUAAAAGCAACUACUGCAGCUCUGUUAUCUGUUUGCACCAAAUGUUAGAUAAUUGUCAAAAAUAUAUUAACUGAAAAACUACUAUGAGUUUUUAUAUGGCUGUUAAUGUUGACUGUGAUCUAUUCUCAUCUUUGAGAAUUUUUUUAAAAAACUUAACAUGAGCAUACAGUACCAACAGAUCACAAUGAGAGGACAUGAUUUUUACUUGAAAGGUAAUGAUUUAGUUAAUGUUGAAUAUUAAUAUGUUAUGUUAAAGCGUUAUCAUAAACCCAUCCAUCCACUCGCAAUAUUUUUAAAAUAAUGGCAUGGUAUCAUAUUUAAGAUAAUGUACAGUUUGAUGCUUCAGGGCUGAAGCUUGUCUCAUGUCUUUGGAAAGAAUUGAAAGGAAUAAUUCCUGCAAUGCAAGACGAAAGGUCUACAUUUUUAGUAUUCUUUGUGUAGUGGUUACAUUGUAAUUUUACUCGGCUGCCAAUAUUUGCUGACCUUUUGUGAUCUGUGGCAUGUCACAGUAUCAAGAUCCUGUACUUUAAAGAAGUGGUAGACACAAAGUUGAGCCCUUCUUAGUUUUCUGCAUGUCUUUUAUGAACUGUAACAUUUAUCCUAAGCCUGUGCUUUAUUUUACAAAGAUGUUUUUUGUUUGUUUUUUAAUUAAAGAUUUGUUAAUAUUCAAUACUCCUUUUUUGUAUCAUAUGACUGUGGUCACAAGAGCAUUAUGUCCGAAACCCUGUGUUCAGUCUGUAGCACUAAAAACAAGAUGGAAAGGAUCUGUAUCAAAGCACGUUUAUUUGUCGGCCUGCUGUAUUGUUUGCACUGCCAUGCCAGCUCUUUGUGCAAUAAUUUUAGGGAUAAUAUUUAAUUCAAAUGGUAUGUUAU